AUGGAGCCGGAUGAAGUGCAUAGGAUGUCUCUAUUGCAGCUAGCUAAGAAGCAACUUUUUGAACCAGAUACUAAUCUGCUGUACAAUCCUGUGAUAAGGGAACAACAGACACCCCAAGGAAAUCCUGAAUAUUCUAGGCGAGGGUGGACAUCAGGCCGCUCUUUCAUGGCUCAAUGCUAUUAUCCUGCCGCUCCUCAUCCUAGAGUCGAUACAGCUGUCACCCUGGGGACUCACAUGAUAUCCAAAGGAUUAGGCUGGGAAUUCCACGAGGUUGAAUAUUCAGUAGCUCCCCCUGGGUACGUUGAAUGGGGAACUAAUGUUUUGAAGAAUUAUUCCAUGCAUUUGAAAGGUAGUGAAGAGAACACAGACUAUAUCUAUGGAGCCAUUUAUUGCUCUUUGGGUGAGUACUCUGUAUCUCCCCCGCUUCCGAGGGCUUUGUUAGAGCACUGGGAUCCCAACACUAACACGUUCUUAUUCCCCUGUGGUGAACGCACAAUCACUCUUCUUGAUAUGAACCAAAUGGCUGGGCUACCCUUAGAUGGUGAUCUGUAUGAUGAAUUUAUAUCCCCUACUCAUGAACUGGAUCCUUCUUUGUUGUUGUACCCCAACUUUUUGCCACAACUCCUUGACAUAUGGAACAAACACUCCGAAAGCGGCAAUGUAGGCUUUCAGGAAUGGUGCGAUUACUUCCACAAUCGUCUAAACGACACAUUCUUUAUCAAUAGUCUCCAAGACGAGCGCCUCUAUACUGCAGCCUAUAUUGCUAUUUGGCUCUGUCGCUUUGUUGUUCCAGGUGGAGGGCCAUAUAUUCAUCCCGGGGUAUUAGUGAUGGCCUCUUGGAUCACAAUAGGGCGUCGCAUAUCCUUAGCUCCGCCGGCCCUUUGCUCCUUAUACUAUUCGCUUUGGCUGAUCCACUCAUCCCAUUGGUCCCUUCUUUUUGAAAAGGGCAUGUUAAGUCCACUAUCUGAUCGAUGGAUGGGUAUAUACUUAAGGAAGGCUUUUGGGAAUAAAUCUAGCACAAAAUCACUCCCAUUCUAUAAACAUCCAGCUCCAAAACCAAAAAUGUGGAACACUAUGUCUAGAACUCCACUUUUCCAUGAUCAUGACUCAGCACACAAACUUCUCAGACAGCACACCCAGAUCUCAUGGCACCCCUACAGUUUGUCUAAAUUAGAAAAUGUAGGUUAUCUGAGUCGGGUUUUCCAAAUUUCCAUACGUCGGGGUAUGCUUCCAUGGAGGCGUGUUGAAGAAUUUAUAGCAGAACCUUAUCAUCCUGACAGAGUAGCAAGACAAUUUAGGCUUGACCAAGUGGUGCCUUUUCCUCCCUUCACCAGUCUGUAUACAAGACAUGAUAUCGGUAUUGCAUAUGCCUUUUGGCUUCAUUUAUUGCGGGAUGAGGAGGAUCCACGCCCCAUUCCAGAUGAUUCUCGCGUCGGUGACUCAUCUGUGGCGUGGGCAAAUUGGCUACAUGAAUUUCUGAAGCCAUUCGCUAAUGUAUUUGACCAACUUCGCAAUGGUAAUUUGAAUGGGAAGGUCCCUUAUAAUGAAAGGAGAAAAAAUAGGUCCGCACUGCAACGCCAUAUUAGAGUUCGUCCAUUGUCUGAUGAGAAUUUUAAGGUAGUAAGAAGGGUGGCUGAUGAUCACCGGGACCAGCAUAUUGGUGUUACUGAACAGGAGGAAGCACGUGUCAAAGAUCACUGGAUGCCAAUCCUCCAUAGCUACUUACAGGAUGUUGCUGCUACUCAACCCAUGAAAUCCAAAGAGGUGAACUAA